AUGGACAAUCCCCAGGACUACCUCUUCACCGGCCGAGCCCCCCUUCGCCGUCCAGCUGAUCCUGACAAUCCCGACAGCUGGGUUAUGCUCAACCAGAGCGGCUUUGUCAAGCUCGGCAACGAGCGCAUCCUGCAGAAGCUCGAGUCGAGGAUAUCCUGCGAUCUCUCCGUUCCCCAGGAGCUGAGAGCCCGCUGCACUCCCUUUCACCGCAAAAGCGACAAGGGAACCCUGUUCCUCACCAACAAGAGGAUUGUCUACCUGCCGGCCAAGCCAACGCAGGAGCCCAGGUUUGAGUCCUUCAGUGCUCCAAUCCUCAAGUUUCAGGACUCGAGCACCUCUUCCUCCAUGCUAUGGGGCUGGGUCUGGAAAUCAGACUGCAUACCCGUCUCGGGCGGCGGCAUUCCUCCGGAUCUGCCUCGUAUCGAAGUCAAGUUUACCUUUUCCGAUGGCGGCAUGACGGAUUUCAAUGAGAUUUAUAUCCGCCUGCGCGAACGUCUGUUCCAAUACCAGGAAAUGCGCCGGGAAAUGGGGCCCGGUGCUGAUAUUCCCGACGAGCCGCUGCCGGCCUACGAGCCCCAGCGAGGCCAGCCGUCGGAGCCCUUGGCGACGCCCGAGGUACCGCGCAAUAACAGGUCCGACAGCUCCGCCAGCCGCAGGGCCCCGGACGAACCGCCUCCAGAUUACGACGAGGCUCAGGCCCAGCAGCUCAGCAUGCGGCUGGAGGACCAUAUCCGCGAAGGCGCGGACAGGGGCAGCCGAGAGGAGUAG